GGAUUAGCUCCCGGGAGCGCGCCGCUGGCCUCACUCGGUCCCGGCGACGCCUUCCGGAGCGUAGGGGCCUCUAGCCCGAGCAGCAGGAGCAGCCCGCGCCGGACAACGUGCGAGCCAUGGGGCUGGCGGAUGCGUCGGGACCGAGGGACACGCAGGCACUGCUGUCUGCAACACAAGCAAUGGAGCUGCGGAGGCGAGACUACCACAUGGAACGGCCGUUGCUGAACCAGGAGCAUUUGGAGGAGCUGGGGCGCUGGGGCUCAGCACCUAGGACCCGCCAGUGGCGGACCUGGUUGCAGUGCUCCCAUGCUCGGGCCCGUGCCCUUCUGCUCCAACACCUCCCGGUUUUGGUCUGGUUACCCCGGUAUCCUGUGCGUGACUGGCUCCUAGGUGACCUUUUAUCUGGCAUGAGUGUGGCCAUCAUGCAGCUUCCACAGGGCUUGGCCUAUGCCCUCCUGGCUGGAUUGCCCCCCGUGUUCGGCCUCUAUAGCUCCUUCUACCCCGUCUUCAUCUACUUCCUGUUUGGCACUUCCCGGCACAUCUCCGUGGGGACCUUUGCUGUCAUGUCUGUGAUGGUGGGCAGUGUGACAGAAUCCCUGGCCCCGCAGACCUUGAACGACUCCACCAGAGACGCUGACCGGGUGCGGGUGGCUUCCACACUCAGUGUCCUGGUCGGCCUCUUCCAGGUGGGGCUGGGCCUGAUCCACUUCGGCUUCCUGGUCACCUACCUCUCAGAGCCUCUUGUCCGAGGCUAUACCACAGCUGCAGCUGUACAGGUCUUCGUCUCACAGCUCAAGUAUGUGUUUGGCCUCCAUCUGAGCAGCCACUCUGGGCCACUGUCCCUCAUCUAUACAGUGCUGGAGGUCUGCCGGAAGCUGCCCCAGAGCAAGGUCAGCACGGUGGUCACUGCAGCUGUGGCUGGGGUUGUGCUCCUGGUGGUGAAGCUGUUGAAUGACAAGCUGCAGCGGCAGCUGCCCAUGCCGAUACCCGGGGAGCUGCUCAUGCUCAUCGGGGCCACAGGCAUCUCCUAUGGCAUGGGUCUGAAGCACAUAUUUGGGGUAGAUGUCGUGGGCAACAUCUCUGCAGGGCUGGUGCCCCCAGUGGCCCCCAACACCCAGCUGUUCUCAAAGCUCGUGGGUAGCGCCUUCACCAUCGCUGUGGUUGGGUUCGCCAUUGCCAUCUCGCUGGGGAAGAUCUUCGCCCUGAGGCAUGGCUACCGGGUGGACAGCAACCAGGAGCUGGUGGCCCUGGGCCUCAGUAACCUCAUUGGAGGCAUCUUCCAGUGCUUCCCCGUGAGUUGCUCUAUGUCUCGGAGCCUGGUACAGGAGAGCACCGGGGGCAACUCGCAGGUUGCUGGAGCCAUCUCUUCCCUUUUCAUCCUCCUCAUCAUUGUCAAACUUGGGGAACUCUUCCGUGACCUGCCCAAGGCGGUCCUGGCGGCCAUCAUCAUUGUGAACUUGAAGGGCAUGCUGCGGCAGCUCAGCGACGUGUGCUCCCUCUGGAAAGCCAAUCGGGUGGAUCUGCUCAUCUGGCUGGUGACCUUCACAGCCACCAUCCUACUGAACCUGGACCUUGGCCUGAUGGUUUCGGUCGUCUUCUCCCUACUGCUUGUGGUGGUCCGGACACAGAUGCCCCACUACUCUAUCCUGGGGCAGGUGCCAGACACAGAUAUUUACAGAGAUGUGGCAGAGUACUCAGAGGCCAAGGAAGUCCCAGGAGUGAAGGUCUUCCGCUCCUCGGCCACUGUGUACUUUGCCAACGCUGACUUCUACAGUGAUGCGCUGAAGCAGAGGUGCGGUGUGGAUGUCGACUUCCUCAUCUCCCAGAAGAAGAAACUGCUCAAGAAGCGGGAGCAGCUGAAGCUGAAGCAACAGCAGAAAGAGAAGAAGCUUCAGAAACAGGCUGCCUCCUCCAAGGGCGCUUCAGUUUCCAUUAACGUCAACACCAGCCUUGAAGACAUGAGGAGCAACAACGUUGAGGACUGCAAGGUGAUGCAGGUGAGCCCAGGAGAUAAGAUGGAAGAUGCAACAGCCAAUGGUCAAGAAGACUCCAAGGCCCCAGAUGGGUCCACACUGAAGGCCCUGGGCCUGCCUCAGCCAGACUUCCACAGCCUCAUCUUGGACCUGGGUGCCCUCUCCUUCGUGGACACUGUGUGCCUCAAGAGCCUGAAGAAUAUUUUCCAUGACUUCCGGGAGAUCGAGGUAGAGGUGUACAUGGCGGCCUGCCACAGCCCUGUGGUCAGCCAGCUUGAGGCCGGGCACUUCUUCGAUGCAUCCAUCACCAAGAAGCAUCUCUUUGCUUCUGUCCAUGAUGCUGUCACCUUUGCCCUCCAACACCCGAGGCCUGUCCCCGACAGCCCUGUUUCGGUCACCAGACUCUGAACAUGCUGCAUACUGCCCGAGACUGCACCUCUGGAGGUUGUGACAGGGCACCCUUGAGAAGCCCCUCAACCCUAGGCCGCCUCCAGGUGCUACCCAGGAGUCCCCUCCAUGUACACACACACACCUCAGGGAAGGAGGUCCUGGGACUCCAAGUUCAGUGCUCCAGGUCUGGGACAGGGCCUGCAGUCAGGCUGGCAGUGGCUGGUUACGGGGAGGGAACUGGUGCAUAUUUAGCCUCAGGAAUAAAGAUUUGUCUGCUCAA